GAGUCUGUCAUUCCCAGGAGUCAUGCACGACACAAUGAUGCGUAAAGGAAAGAGGAAAAGCGCUACUGGUUACCUGGCUGCAGCGCUUAUUCUGACGUGUUAUUUGGCGCAAACGAUAGACUGUUAUCGACUGAAGAAAACAGAAAGACGAGAAGGGCGAAAAGAAGAAGCAGCUGCAGCCAGAACUAGAGGCGUCCAAGAGGGAGAGAUUGUGUUUGGGAGAGCUUAUGUGAAAGGAUCAGGCCUCCAGUCACCAGCUGCAGACGGGACCAAGGAUGAAGCUGCUUAUCAAGCUGACUUUGCAGGCUGGUCUAAAGGACAAACACAAGACACCAGUUCCAGAGAAGCCUUUUGGAAGCGCAUGGCGACCUCCCUGCAGUGUGGUGGAGACCAGCUGAAGUUCAGAGCAGUGGGACCAGGAGCUUCUCAGUUUGCAGUGGAACAAGGAAAUGCCCCUCCAGUGCCUCUGGCCCAAGUCCCUUCCACCUGUGGCUACAACAUGCAGAGGAACCCUCUGGGGCUUGUCAUGUUGGUUCCCUUUGAUGGCUGCAACAUUGUUCAAGAGGGUGGAAGUUAUGUGCUGCCAAUGCGUUGGCAAGGAAUUCCUGUCUCACUCCGGUGUCCCAAACCUGCAGCACCUGCUCCUGCUGCCCCUGUACCUGAGACCAGCCAGGCCCCAGUACCUGAACCUACAACAAACGCAAAGAAACCAAAAAUUCCCCAACUUCCACAAUACCCUUUCUUCCCACCUUUUUACCCUUACUUUCUACCCCCUCUUCCGGUCACGACAGCUGCACCAACCACCACCACCAACCUGACUACAACCACCACUGCAAAGCCACUGCAGCUCCAGCUCCUCCAUCCGUGGUUCCUUUUCCUUUCUACCCACCUUUCUAUCCUCCCUUUCCUUGGCCCGGCCCUUCGCCAGCAGCUGCCAAACCCAUGCCUAAACCUCAGCCACCCCAGUUUCCACCCUAUAUGCCUUUCUAUCCUCCAUAUCAUCCUUUACCUCAAUUUCUCCCUCCUUAUCCCCAAUAUCCAACUCCAAAGCCCAUAACGACAACUACAACCACUACCACGACCAAACCAGAGCCAAAACCUCAGCCACUGCAGUUUCCACCCUAUAUGCCUUUCUAUCCUCCAUAUCAUCCUUUACCUCAAUUUCUCCCUCCUUAUCCCCAAUAUCCAACUCCAAAGCCCAAAACGACGACUACACCAACUACGACUAAAACUACAACCACUACCACGACCAAGCCAAAACCUCAGCCACCGCAGUUUCCACCAUCCAUGCCUUUCUAUAAUCCAUAUUAUCAGCUUUACAAUUAUAGGGAUUUUAUACCUCCCUAUCCCCAAUAUCCAACCCCAAAGCCAAAAACUACAACGACCCCAGCUACGACUACAACAACUGUGAAACCGGAUCACCUACCGCCACCGCCGCAACAUCAACAACAUUAUCAUCCCCAUUUUCAUCCUCAACUUCGCUAUCCAUUUAUGCCAAUUCCCCCUCCUCGAGGCUAGCCUGCUGAAAUGUUUCUAAUAAAUGGUUUGAAUAACA